UCGACCUCCUGUUAUCUAGGCUCCGUGGUUGUGAGAUUGGUUAUACAAUAUCUUGUGGGGAAGUUUAAUUCCUAGAAAGUAAUUAAUUUUUAGGAAGAUAAUCCCUAAACAUAGAAAACGCGAGACUUGGCAAAGAAGCCAUGCGGUUUCAUAAAAUUUACAGUCAGAAUAAAGGUGUCAUGUAGAUAAAACGGUUGUCCAGUAAUUAAUCUGCCCUCUCUUCCCCACCAGCAGAUACCAUAAUCUCGCUUGGUAUCCUGAAUCAUUCGUCUUCUUAAGACACAUUUAAAACGUUUACAUAUAAUUUGAAUAAAAUUCAAUAAUUAAAUAAAAAAAAUAAAUUAAUAAAACACAUUUUCUUUUCACCGCCAUGGAUGUGAAAGAAAUGCGGGAAACGUUUGAACAAAAAUUGGCUAAACUCAUAAGUAAAAAAAAAGAUAACAGCACCUUCCUAAGCAGUGAUCAGUAUAAGAAUCGAAUAGAAGCUGUUAAAGAAGCUAAAGAUAUUUUGAGUAGUAAUAAGGGAAAAAUGAAACUUCCCAUGCAUUAUUGGCUUUCAGAACGGUUUGACAUUAUUAACGAUGAUGGUAAAGAGAAAUUGAUUAAACGAAUUACUGACAUAUCAAAACCCAUCUUGUUUUUUGUACAUCAAGAAGAACUGUUUGAUAUUUUGCAUAGCACUCAUUUAAAUAUUGGGCACGGUGGACGGAAUCGCAUGAUUGAAGAAUUACAUCGCAAAUAUUUUAAUGUUACUAGAGAAACAGUUAUGAUUUACCUUAGCUUGUGUAAUUUUUGCCAAAAUAAGAGCAUCACGACAAAACGUAAUUUAGUUACAGGACCUGUUUUGCAUUCUACUUGUUUUUCUAGAGCACAAAUUGAUAUCAUUGACAUGCAAUUACACAGCUACAAUGAUUACCGUUUUAUCAUGGUGCAUCAAGAUUAUCAAACCAAAUUUGUAAUUAUACGUGCUUUGAAGACGAACCACGCAGAAGAAGUAGCCAGUCAUCUUUUGGAUAUCUACACAACUUUUGGGAUACCUAUUAUUCUCCAAUCUGGUAACGGCAGAGAAUUUGUAAUUUCUGUAAUAACAAAAUUGCAUGAGAUGUGGGCUUCAAUGAAUAUAGUCAAUGGAAAACUUCAAUGUAGUCAGUCACAAGGUUUAGUGGUAAAAGUAUCCAGGGACGUUGAAUCUAUAUUGGCUACAUGGAUGGUAGAAAACAACACUCGAGAUUGGCCAUCAGGAUUGAAAUUUGUACAAUUUCAGAAAAACCAAGAAGUGCAUUUAGGUAUAGGAAAAUCUCCUUUCGAAGCUAUGUUCGGCUCGCAAGCAAUGUAUGGCCUUAAUUCUGUCAGUAUUCCAACUGAAUCAGUUAAUUAUAUACGUUCAGAGGAAGACUUGGUACAAACAUUGACAAUUGAUAACUCAGAACGAUCCAUCCAACCGACAUGGCAUCGUGUUGUGGAAAAUGAAUAAUAUACCACUUGCUAAACCCUAAUGACAAAAUAAGGGGCUGAAUUAAAGUAUCUAACUUGCAUUCGUUUGGAAUCUAUUCAAAAUAAUAAAAAAGUGCAGGUAAAUGCUUUGAAAAGCAGACUAGGAAAAUAUUGAAACAAAAACAGAACAAGUUUCCUCUGUUUAAAGUGGAAGCGAUGGUUCGUCUAUCAAUUUCUAACGUUGAUAGGAGUCGUGAAUUUCCCAACGACAUCAUAGUUAUGAUGAAGCGUUGACGAUGACCUGUAUAUUCUGUGCUUUGAACAUGGAUAAUUCAAGGAUAAUUACAUGCGUGCAGAAAUACAUUUGUGGUCUGAAAAAUUAUUACACUUAAUUGCUGUUACUGCAAAGGCGGAUAACAUUUGAAAAAAAUCAAUUUUGAUUUAUUUGGAGAGGUGGUAUUUUUUAACGGUGUGUUAGACUAAUAGUGGUAUAAGAUAGGAACUGUAAAAACAAAUUUGUUAAAUAGUGAUGUCUCAAGAUCACAAGGGUAUAAAAAAGAAAUUAUAAAAAGCCAAAUGUGAUUUAAAGAAGAGCGUGUACAAAGCCACUGGUUAAUUCCGUAAUUGCUGCAAUUAUUUUCUUUGCUGGACCAACGAAAAGUUCCUAGCAUCUAGUGGCGUGAGCAGUGACAGCUUGCGGUAACAUCUAAAACUAGUAUCGAUUUAGUGAGAAUAAAUAUUAUUGUGUAUCAUCGUUAUUAACCGUACAUUAGUGUUAUGUGCUAUCACGAAGAAGAAAAAUAAAACUUGAGUGUGCAUAGAAAGAAAAAAAA